GACGCGAGGAGCAGCACUGGGAGCGCGUCGCGGCCACUUCCGCCCUCCCAGCGCCGCCGGAGCCUCCUCCUCUCGCGAGAGGCGCGUGGCGCGGAGCCGGCUACUGAACAGAAUCCGGGAGCGAGUCGCGGUUAGCAGGUCCAUCGCGCUGCAGGCAUGGCAGACUUUGGGAUCUCAGCUGGCCAGUUCGUGGCAGUGGUUUGGGAUAAGUCCUCCUUGGUGGAGGCUCUGAAAGAGCUGGUGGAUGAGCUUCAGGCGUUGACCGGCAGUGAGGGCCGAGUGUCCGUGGAAAACAUCAACCAGCUGUUGCAGUCUGCCCACAAAGAAUCUAGCUUCGACAUUAUUUUGUCGGGUGUAAUUCCUGGAAGCACCACUGUGCACAGUGCUGAGAUUUUGGCUGAGAUGGCCCGGAUCCUUCGGCCUGGUGGAUGUCUUUUUCUGAAAGAGCCAGUAGAGACAGCUGUAGUGAACAAUAGCAAAGUGAAGACGGCAUCCAAGCUCUGUUCAGCCCUGACUCUUUCUGGUCUUGUGGAAGUGAAAGAGCUACAGCAGGAGUCCUUGAGCCCCGAGGAGAUACAGUCUGUCCAAGAACACCUGGGUUACCAUAGUGACAGCUUGCUCUCUGUGCAAAUCACAGGCAAAAAACCCAACUUUGAAGUGGGCUCGUCUAGUCAACUUAAGCUUUCCAUUGCCAAGAAGUCUCCUUUGGUGAAGCCUGCUGUGGACCCUGCAGCUGCCAAGCUCUGGACCCUCUCAGCCACUGACAUGGAGGAUGAGAGCAUGGAUCUCAUUGACUCAGAUGAGCUGCUGGAUCCAGAAGAUUUGAAGAAGCCUGAUCCAGCUUCCCUGCGGGCUCCUUCAUGUGGAGAAGGGAAAAAGAGGAAGGCCUGCAGGAACUGCACUUGUGGCCUUGCCGAAGAACUGGAGAGAGAGAAGUCAAAGGAACAGACGAGCUCCCAACCCAAGUCAGCUUGUGGAAACUGCUACCUGGGCGAUGCUUUCCGCUGCGCCAGCUGCCCCUACCUCGGGAUGCCAGCCUUCAAACCUGGGGAGCAGGUGCUCCUGAGCAAUAGCAAUCUCAAUGAUGCCUAGAAGGGACCCUGCGUGGGACACAUCUGCUCCUCUGGCUGACUCCUGUCACUCAAGUCCCACUGCAGUGGUUCCUCCCAUCUCUGUCCCACUGCUGUGGUUCCUCCCAUUGCUCACACCUGUUGGAAAUCCAUUUGUCGGGAGGGUGCUUAGUAGACAGUGAAGCUGGCUGUGGGAUGCAGUGGUGAGUAGUGCUGCUGUGGAUCAAAAGACCAGGCAUCACGGGGCCCGGUUACCGUGAGCGGGGGCGUUUCUCCACCUAGUGUUAGGGAACCAGGGCGUGUCCUAAAGAGACCCCUCAUGGUGUCAACAUGCUGACCAUAACCCUCCCGAGCCCAGGCAUCCUUAAAGUGAACACUGACAAAGAGGGCCUCUGCCCCUAUUCAAAACUUAGCAAUUGUGCCGCUGCGUGUCUUCCACAGUUGGUGGUUUUUCUCCACAUGAAGUUCCUGGUGACAUGGCCAAGUGUCUCAUGACCUCAGGGCAUCAGAGGAAUCACUCAUUGGUUGCUGUGAUCAUAGCCAGAGUCCCUCUAUCCCCCUUCCACCCCCACCCACUCCCGUUUUAGUGUAUUGCAUCUGUGUUCUGUUGUCGUUUCUGUUAAUCUACAGUUAUUAAACUUGUGUACCUCCACAUAUCAGUUAUGAAGAGGGGACGUGUGUGUGUGUGUGUGUGUGUGUGUGUGUGUGUGUCUGUCUGUCUGACGAAGCCAUCUAAGCUCAACUUGGACCACAGAACUUCUUUUUGGAGAGACUUAGUGGCACACGCAGAUGGGGCCGGUCUUGCACUUAGGGACCAGGACCUCUCUCCGUCUGCUUUGAAGCUACCAGGUUGAUGAGAAUUUAGCAGGACAGAAAUCUGAAGUCACAGUAAACCUCUCCGAGCAGGACACCCUUAGUUCUUCUUGCCCAACCACGCAGGCUUGGAGUGGAUCUGGCCAGAUAGCUGGAGAGAUUGUGUGGAUUUAAGAGACCUGGAUUUUUAUAUUUUACCAAUAAACAAGUGUUCAUUGGUAUUUGCCCUUGAAA